UCCCAAGGCAGCCGAGAGCCGCUCGCCCAGAGCAUCCCCGGCUGCCGCUGCCGCCCGGCUCCGCUGCCUGCAGCCCCCGGGACGGCUAUUGGGCAGGGGCUGCGGGAAAAGCCGGCGCUCUGGGUCCCUCAGCAGAGCUCUCUGGGGCCUGAGACAUGAGCUCUCCGCCUCGCCGUCUGCCCUGAGCACCUCCUCCCGGAGCCGGGCCGGCAGCAUGGAGAAGACCUACUCGCUGACGGCCCACUACGACGAGUUCCAGGAGGUGAAGUGUGCCAGCAAGUACAACAGCGGCACCCUGCCCAACGGCUUCAACCUCCAGCUCGGGGCCGGGGCUAAGAAGCCGCGCCGGGGGCUGCCGCGCUGGACCCGGCGUGAGAUCUGCCUGCUCUCGGGGCUGGUCUUCGCGGCGGGCCUGUGCGUCAUCCUGGGCUGCGUGCUGCUGCUCAAAUACCUGGCCAUGGAGCGCGCCGCCUACUGCCUGGAGGACUGCCAGGAGAAGAAGGCCUUCGUCAAGGCCUCCCUCUUCAUCGCCAACAACAUUGACCCCACCAUCGACCCCUGCAAGGACUUCUACUCCUUCGCCUGCGGCAGCUGGCUCCACCGUCACAGCAUCCCCGAGGACAAGCUCCACUACGGCAUCAUCGCCACCAUCGGCGAGCAGAACGAGGAGAAGCUCCGGCGGCUGCUCCAGCGGCCCGUCCGCAGGGGCUCCCGGGCCUCGGCCGAGAGGAAGGUCAAGGCGUUCUUCCGCUCCUGCCUCGACAUGGGCGAGAUCGACCGCCGGGGGCCGCGGCCCAUGCUGGAGGUGAUCGAGGACUGCGGCGGCUGGGACGGGCCGGCCACGGGGCGGCAAGCCCGCUGGGACUUCAACGAGCUGCUCUACAAGACCCAGGGCGUCUACAGCACGGCCGUGCUCUUCUCCCUCACGGUCAACCUGGACGACAAGAACUCCUCCCGCUACGUCAUCCGGAGAGCAAAUGGAACCAGCGGGACUCUGGCAGCGGAUUGUGCCCCCACCUGCGUGGCCAUUCCCCGCCUGCCUCUGGAGCUCAUGCCCAGCGCCGGGCCCCGAGCCAUGGCCGGAGCCUGCGCUGCUGGCGGGACUGUUCAAUACACAGGUGGCUCUAUUCCCCUGGACAGUGGUUCCCCGCUGCGGCCAGACUUGGCAGAAGGAGGGAGCGGCUCAGGCCCCUGGGAUAUAAAACAUGCUCUCCCUCCCGACCCCUGGCCGGUCCCCAUCUCUCCCCCUCUCAGGAUCCUUCAUAACUACAUGCUGUGGCGCAUUGUGGUGGUGCUGAGCGAGCACCUCUCCACGCCCUUCCGCGACGCCAUCCACGAGCUCUCCAGGGAGAUGGAGGGCACCGAGAAGCAGCUGGAGCUGGACAAGAUGUGCCUGAGCCAGGCCAACAAGCACUUCGGCAUGGCCUUGGGGGCCCUCUUUGUGGAGGAGUAUUUCUCCUCCUCCAGCAAGGCCAAGGUGCAGCAGCUGGUGGAGGACAUCAAGCACACCCUGGAUCAGCGGCUGGACGAGCUCGACUGGAUGGAUGAAGAGACCAAACGCGCGGCUAGAGCCAAGCUCCAGUACAUGAUGGUGAUGAUCGGGUACCCGGACUUCCUGCUGAAACCGGACGCCAUCGAUAAGGAAUACGAGUUCGAAGUCCACGAGAAGACGUAUUUCAAGAACAUCCUCAACAGCAUCAAGUUCAGCAUCAAGCUCUCGGUGAAGAAGAUCCGGCAGGAGGUGGACAAGUCUGCGUGGCUGCUGCCCCCCCAGGCCCUAAAUGCCUACUACCUGCCCAACAAGAACCAGAUGGUGUUCCCCGCCGGGAUCCUCCAGCCCACGCUGUACGACCCCGAGUUCCCGCAGUCCCUGAACUAUGGUGGAAUCGGAACCAUCAUUGGGCACGAGCUGACCCACGGCUACGACGACUGGGGGGGCCAGUACGAUCGGCACGGGAACCUGCUGCACUGGUGGACGGAGGCCUCCUACAGCAAGUUCCUGAAGAAGGCCCAGUGCAUCGUCAACCUGUACGACAACUUCACCGUCUACAACCAGCGGGUGAACGGGAAGCACACGCUGGGGGAGAACAUCGCCGACAUGGGGGGGCUCAAACUGGCCUACUAUGCCUAUCAGAAGUGGGUGCGGGAGCACGGGCCGGAGCACCCCCUGCACCGCCUGAAAUACACCCACGACCAGCUCUUCUUCAUCGCCUUCGCCCAGAACUGGUGCAUCAAGAGACGCUCGCAGUCCAUCUACCUGCAGGUGCUGACCGACAAGCACGCGCCGGAGCACUACAGGGUGCUGGGCAGCGUCUCCCAGUUUGAGGAGUUCGGCCGGGUCUUCCACUGCCCCAAGAACUCGCCGAUGAACCCAGCGCACAAGUGCUCCGUGUGGUGAGCGCCGGCGCCCCGUGGCCAUGCCCCUCGCUGCCCUUUGCCUUGCGUGUGCCAAGCCGUCCGUCUGAUCCUGCUGCUUGCAGGGGCUGCUGCUUCUCUGCCAUCCGCCUGCCCGCCAGCAAGUCUCCGGGGAGAGCCUCUGGACGCCUCUGCAGGGCCGGGGCUCGCAGGGACAGGUGCUGCAGACGAGGUGGCGAAGGCUCCUUUGGCCAGUUCCUCGGGGGCCGAUGCGAACGGCAGCAGGGAAACUACAGACUGGGUCCACUUCCAGCUGGGUGUGUCCUGCCUCCACCCCACCUGGGCCGUGGAGCCAGCCCCCCUCCUCUGGCUCCCUAUCGCCGCGCCAGGAGCCGGCCCAGUGAGCCCUGCCAGUGGCGCAGCCGGGGGGGGGAGGGAAUCCCCAAAACACCGUCGAGGGGCAGCGGGAGGGACCAGACCUGGGGCAGGCAGGGGACAGGCCCCAGUGCUGCUGGCACGGAGGGGCCAAAAGCUACUGUGGGGCCAUGUCUCAAAGCAGCUGGAAGCAAAUAGUGCCCGUCCCAGGGCAGAACGCGGUGGCUGCGGCCCACGUCCCGUUCACCCAGCCCUACAGCGCGACGUGGGCCCAGCGCCGCUCCAUGCUCAGAGGUGGGCACAGAGGCCUGAGCAAGGCCCGCAGGGAAGCAACCAGCCAGCGCAAAGGCCCCCAUGUGCUUGGGCCACAGGGAAGUUGUGGGGCGGGGCAGGGCUGGGGGACUCCAGGGGGACAGGUGGGUGAGAAAUCCCCCUGCCCAGCCGCAACCCUGAACAGCGCCAGCUGCCAACGUCCCCCAGCACCAUGCAAACGGCCGUGGCAGGGGCUGGGCUGUGAGCAUAGAGCUGGCUCCACUCCCUGCCAGCGGCACUCCUGGGCAUUGACUCGCUCCCCCUACCCGUAGCAGUUUGGAGCCUUGCCCCAGUGCAGUGCCGCACGGCAGCACAAGGAGGCGCCAUUGGGUUGUCAGGCAGAACUGCCUGAGCCCAGGAGGCCCCAGCGCUGGAGGGGGAGCCAGGUCGCCCCCGGGCUCGGCCCCUCUUGUACAGAAUCGCUGUAUGUGUUGCUCGGUAUGGUCAAUAAAGCCG